ACUAGGGAACCGUAGGCAUUUGUCUCAUUCUCCACUACUACCUGUGGUUUGUGCUAUCUGACGUGAGAUAAGCACCGGUGGAAAGCUAGCAGUCUGAACUAUGGAGCAGAUAAACGAUAUCCAGGUCGUUCCGUGCACCAACUCCAAUUAUCUGAAACCAUUCAGGGUGCAAUAUAGCCAGAAUGGGACAAAGAAAUCGUGGGACUUCAUGCGAACUCAUGACAGUGUUUCGGUGCUGAUCUUCAACACCACCUCACACUGCUUCAUCUUGGUCAAGCAGUUCCGUCCAGCCGUGUACAUGUGUGAGUGGGAGAGGACCAAGGAGCCAGCCGUGCAGGCAGCGGCGGGGGAGGAGGAAGAGGGGGCUGCGGCUGCAGCCACUGCUAUCCCAGAAACUCCCAUCGGCGAGACUCCCCAGGAGGAGGCUGUUGCUACGGCUGAGGGCGUCAAGACCCCCCAGCCCCCGGGCUCGGCGGGUAUGACCUACGAGCUGUGUGCAGGCCUGGUGGACAAGGCCGACCUGUCGCUGGAGGAGAUUGCCAGGCAAGAGGUGCUGGAGGAGUGUGGCUACGACGUGCCAGUCACCAAGCUGCGGAGGAUCACCUCGUACAGCUCCGGCGUAGGCGUGACAGGAGCCAAACAGACCAUGUUCUACGCCGAGGUGUCGGACGAGAACCGCGUGGGCAAGGGCGGAGGCGUGCCUCAGGAGGGGGAGCUGAUUGAAGUGGUCAAAGUGCCCCUCCACGAGGCCAUGACCUUUGCCUACGACGAGAGUAUCCCCAAGACCAUGAGCGUCAUCUUCAGCUUCAUCUGGUUCCACAACAACAUGUCGCCCAAGUACAAGAUCUCCACCAACGUGUAACCCACCCAACCCCGUCCUUGCACUCUUGAGCCUGAGGUAGAAGUUGCAGUUAACAACAGAUCUGGGAUCAGAAGACCCUAACCCCAAGCCUUAUCUUUACUAUUAAGGGUAUGGAGAAAAAUAUCUGACCCUGUGUCAGUGGUUAGAGACAACUUCAAUCUACUCCCAACACCUUGCCUCUGACAAUUUCCAUAUAAAAUGGCCCCAUGGCAACCAUUUUUGUCUUGUUACUAACUGUGUUCUUUUUUGGGGGGGGGUUGUCAAAUUUUUGGUCUUAAUUCCUUUUCCUCUAAAACUUGCCAUAUUCACUUUUUGUUUGUGUAACUUUUUCCUCAGAGGUCACGAAGAUGGCAACAUCGCUCUUGUUCAGAGCUGCUCGUCUGCAGUUGAUUUGAUUACGUUCCAGGAGUGCAAAAAUGUUGUUUCUUAUUCAGUGCCAGAGCUUAUCACAUUCGACGGUCGUUGCUGAGUCUGUUAAAUUACCACAGCUGUUCCAGGCACGCCUUGCUUACUUUCUCUAUGAUCUACACAGGGCAUUUUUAUCCAAGCCAAGCACUAACACUCCUAAUUUAACAAAUGAAUGACUUGAGUAACUGCCGGGCUAGAAAAAAAAGUGUUUUCCCCUUUUGGGUCCCUCACGUCCAGGACUGGGGGACACUUCUCUAAGCAAUACUUUGAUAGUUGGUUGUUUGAUCAUGGUCUAAAAACAAAUCAACAUUUCAGUUUGCUUAGGCGUUUAGAUAUGUUGUAAGCAUUGCAUUGAAUCCAGGGAUGUCACUACAGUAGUGCGUGCUCUGAGGUCACAAGAAAUUGUGCUUUCGAUAGAGGCUUCUUUUAACUACCACAGGAAUAUCACCUACCUCUACACUGAUAAGCUUUAUUUCAGUUACUAAUGUCACAAUACCAGUACCACAACACUCCGUAUCACAAUACUCAGAGGUAUUGUAAUAUCGUGAUACUACACAAUACUCAUCACGAUACUGCGAUAAUUCUGAGUAUCGUGAUACUGCGCAUUGUGAUAACACUAGUAACCACCAUAUGAAUAAUUGUGAUAUUGUGAGAACCUUCUGGUGGACAAUUGCUCUCACACUUCUACAUGUGUGUUAACAGGAAGGCUUCACCGAUAUUGGCUGAGAACGACAGCGUUCUUAUGUAUCUCAGACAGCGUUUCGUUUUUUCCUAAUGAAGGAAAGUGAUGUCGAGCCCCUAUGACCCUGCUCCAUUCUACGGAGGCUCAAUGGGCGUUUUGUUUUGGGAAAUUGAAAACCUAGCUUGUAACAUGUCGGAGUAAGUUUAGCAUGGUACUUAACCCAGCUUCCUGGAAUAGCACCUCGAGCCCAUAGUGCUGUUUUGUGAUGUUUUUUAACCUGACGUGGGGGGAAAGUUGUUUUUUUGUUGAUACUUGCACUGUGUGAGGCUCGAAGCAAAAUGGUUGCUCUUUUUAACUUGGGCCAUGUCUCUCAGCUUCACAACAGUUAAACCCCCCUUUCCCCCAUGGCUGUUUUGGCCAGACCACUUCAAAACACCCCAAUUUCCACAGAAAUCGACAACAGCAGCUAUCCAAGUCUAUAGUGGUUUGAAACUAGGGUUGCAAAACGUUCCCAGGUUUUCAGUAAUCCCGGAUGGAGGAUUCCCAGCUGUAGGAUUCCAUCCUCGAUUAUUCCCUCCAGUUUUACUAUAAAUCUUUCAAGCGGAAUUUCUGAAAAACCUCGGAACUUGGGGAAAGGUUCCGAAAUUGUGCAACCCUAUUUGGGAAAGAAAGAGCUUAAGACAACAAUCACUUAUCGCUUAACGUCUUAGGUCGGAUACGGUUUCCCCCUCUCGAUGAGGUGACAUUCAGGGAUCCCCAUUCUGCACCUUUUAGCCAAAGGCUUUUUAACCCUUGGGUAUUGUACUGAUGACAAAUAUGUCGUAACAUUUUCUAUGUAGUUUGCCAAUAUCACGGACUGUCAAAGUCCUAAAUGGUUUAUUGACAAAUCUUCUCAAGAAAAACCUUUCUUUUGGCAAGAUAUGAAUGUGUGGAUUCAUGGCCCCUUCCGCUAAAACUUGGUAAAGAUCAGUGGUACUAUACUGAACAAAAAUAUAAACGCAACAUGCAAUCAUUUCAGAUUUGACUGACUUACAGUUCAUAGAAGGAAUUCCGACUCUUGAAAUUAAUUCAUUAGGCCCUAAUCUAUGUAUUUCACAUGACUGGGAAUACAGAUAUGUAUUUUUUGGUGAUAGAUACCUUUAAAAAAAAAAAAAAAAAGUAUGGGUGUGGAUCAAAAAACCAGUCAGUAUCUGGUGUGACCACGAUUUGCCUCAUUCAACACAUCUCCUUCUCAUAGAGUUGAUCAGGCUGUUGAUUGUGCCUGUGGACUGUUGUCCCACUCCUUUUUAAUGGCUGUGCAAAGCUGAUGGAUAUUGGCAGGAACACGCUGUCUUGCACAUCGAUCCCAAACAUGCUCAAUGGGUGUCCAUGGCUGGUGAGUAUGCGGGCCAUGGACAAACUGGGACAUUUUCAGCUUCCAGGAAUUGUAUACAGGUCCUUGCAACAUGAGGCUGUGCAUUAUCAUGCUUAAACAUGACGUCAUUGCGACGGAUGAAUGGCACGACGAUGGGCCUCCAGGAUUUCGUAUGCAUUCAAAUUGCCAUCGGGUUAACUGUCCAUGGCUUAUGCCUACCCAUAACUUGUGUUCUCCCUAACACAAGGUGUAAUUGUUUUAUUUUAUUUAACCUUUAUUUAACUUGGCAAGUCAGUUAAGUACAAAUUCUUAUUUACAAUGACUGCCUACCGGGGAACCGUGGGUUUAACUGCCUUGUUCAGGGGGCAGAACGACAGAUUUUUGUCUUGUCAGCUCAGGGAUUCGAUCGAGCAACCUUUUGGUUACUGGCCCAACGCUCUAACCACUAGGCUACCUGCUGUCCCGUAAUUAUCAUGCUGUCAGCUUCUUGAUAUGCUACAUCUGUCAGGUGGAUGGAUUAUCUUGGCAAAGGAGAAAUGCUCACUAACAGGGAUGUAAACACACAUUUGUAAACAACAUUUGAGAGAAAUAAGGUUUUGUGCGUAUGGAACUUUUCUGGGAUGUUUUAUUUUAGCUCAUGAAACAUGGGACCAGCACUAUACAUGUUGCGUUUAUAUUUUUGGUGUGUACACACACAGUGCACUCAAAGUAUUCAGACCCCUUCACUUUUUCCACAUUUUGUUAUUAAAUCGUUUUUUGUCCCUCAAUCUAUACACAAUAUCCCGUAAAUGAACAAGCAAAAACAGUGUUCAACAUUUUUGCAAAUCUAUUAAAAAUAAAAACUAUUUACAUAAUUAUUCAGACUCUGUACUCUAGGAAGUCUUGGUGGUUUCAGAAGUCUUCAAUUUAAGAAUGAUGGAGGCAACUGUGUUCUUGGGGGACCUUCAAUGUUGCAGAAAUGUGUUGGUACCUUUCCCCAGAUCUGUGCCUCGACACAAUCCUGUCUCAGAGCUUUAUAGAAAAUUCCUUUGACCUCAUGGCUUGGUUUUUGCUCUGACAUGCACUGUCAAUUGUAGGAUCUUAUAUAGACCGGUGCGUUGUGUGCCUUUCCAAAUCAUGUCCAAUCAAGUUGUAGAAACAUCUCAAGGAUGAUCAAUGGAAACAGGAUGAGCUCAAGUUAGUCUCAUAGCAAAGGGUCUGAAUACUUAAGUAAAUAAAAAUGUGUGUUUUUUAUUUUUAAUAAAUUUGCAAAAACUUGUUUGCGCUUUGUCAUUAUGGGCGUUGUGUGUGAAUUGCUUUUAGAAUAAGGCUGUAAAUGUGCAAAAAGUCAAGGUCUGAAUACUGUUUGUGUGUGUAUAUAUAAAGUGUUAAACAAAUACGUAUAUUUAUAUUUGAGAUUCUUCGAAGUAGCCACCCUUUACCUUGACAGCUUUGCACACUUUUGGCAUGCUCUCAACCUGCUUCACCUGGAAUGCUUUACCAAACGUCUUGAAGGAGUUCCCACAUAUGCUGAGCACUUGUUUGCUGCGAUCCAACUCAUCCCAAACCAUCUCAAUUGGGAUGAGGUCGGAUGAUGGUGGAGGCCAUGUCAUCUGAUGCAAUACUCCAUCUCUCCUUAGUCAAAUAGCCCUUACACAGCCUGGAGGUGUGUUGGGUCAUUGUCCUGUUGAAAAACAAGUGAUAGUCCCACUAAGCGCAAACCAGAUGGGAUGGCCUAUCGCUGCAGAAUGUUGUGGUAGCCAUGCUGGUUAAGUGUGCCUUGAAUUCUAAAUAAAUCAGUGUCACCAGCAAAGCACCAUCAGACCUCUUCCUGCAUGCUUCACGGUGGGAACCACACAUGCGGAGAUCGUCCUCACAAAGACACGGCGGUUGGAACCAAAAAUCUCAUAUUUGGACUCAUCAGACCAAAGGACAGAUUUCCACCGGUCUAAUGUCCAUUGCUCGUGUUUAUUGGCCCAAGCAAGUGUCUUCUUCUUAUUGGUGUUCUUUAGUAGUGGUUUCUUUGCAGCAAUUUGACCAUGAAGUCCUGAUUCACACAGUCUCCUCUGAACAGUUGAUGUUGAGAUGUGUCUGUUACUUGAACUCUGAAGCAUUUAUUUGGGCUGCAAUUUCUGAGGAUGGUAACUAAUGAACGUAUCCUCUGCAGCAGAGGUAACUCUGGGUCUUCCUUUUCUGUGGCGGUCCUCAUGAGAGCCAGUUUCAUCAUAGAGCGUGAUGGUUUUUGCGACUGGACUUGAAGAAACUUUCAAAGUUCUUGACAUUUUCUGGAUUGACUGUCCUUCAUGUCUUAAAGUAAUGGACUGUUGUUUCUCUUUGCUUAUUUGAGCUGUUCUUGACAUAAUAGGGCUAUCUUCUGUAUACCACCCUACUGUGUCACAGCACAACUGAUUUGCUCAAAAGCAAUUCCACAUUAACUUUUAACAAGGCAGAUCUGUUAACCUGUUUGGGCGCAUGAAUCGCUAGCAGGACACCUACGACAACAUCCGGUGAAAUUGCAUAGAGCGAAAUUCAAAAUCCAAAAAUCGUAAACAUUCAUAAAUACAAGUGUCAUACAUCAUUUAAAAGCUUAAUUUGUUAAUCCAACCGCGUUGUCAUAUUUCAAAAAGGCUUUACGGCGAAAGCAUACCAUGCGAUUAUCUCUGGACAGCGCCCCACAUCAAAAUACUUUUUCAGCCAGCACAGGCUUCACAAAAUCACAAAUAGCGAUUUAAAUAAAUCACUUACCUUUUGAAGAUCUUCCUCUGUUUGCAAUCCCAAGGGUCCCUGCUACACAAUGAAUGGUCGUUUUGUUCGAUAAAGUUCUUCUCUAUAUCCAAAAAAGUUUAGUUGGCUGUUUAGUUGGCGCCAAUGAUCUCAGUAAUGCACUCAUUCAACAUGCAUACAAACAAAUCCAAAAAGUUGCCUGUAAAGUUCGUCCAAACAUGUCAAACGAUGUUUAAAAUUAAUCCUCAGGUACUCUAAUAUCUAAAUAAACAAUACUAUUUAAGACGGAGAAUAGUAUGUUCAAUAACGAAGAGUGCGCACCUCAUUCAUGCGCCUUGGAAAAACUACAAAUACUUGCUCAUUUUUCAAAAAACAAGCCUGAAACCCUUUCUAAAGACUUAACAUCUAGUGGAAGCCAUAGGAACUGCAAUAUGGGUCCUAUCUAUUUCUAUUUCCCAUAGGCUAGCAUAGAAAUGGCAUGUGACCUCAGGGGAAAAAAAGGUCUGGAUGUAUUUUCCUCGGAUUUUCGCCUGCCAUAUCAGUUCUGUUAUACUCACAGACAUACUUUUAACAGUUUUAGAGACUUAAGAGUGUUUUCUAUCCAAUGCUACCAAGUAUGUGCAUAUCCUAGCUUCUGGGUCUGAGUAACAGGCAGUUUACUUUGGGCACGUCAGUUAUCUGGAAUUCAGAAUAAUAAAGAGUAUGCUAAUGAAGAAUUUAAAUGCAUUCCAGGUGACUACCUCAUAAAGCUGAUUGAGAGAAUGCCACAAGUGUGCAAAGCUCUCAUCAAAGCAAAGGGUGGCUACUUUGAUGAAUCUCAAAUAUAAAAUAUAUUUUGACACAUUUAACACUUUUUGGUUACUACAUGAUUUCAUAUGUUCCAUAGUUUUGAUGUCUUCACUAUUAUUCUACAAUGUAGAAAAUGGUAAAAAUAAAAACCCUUGAGUAGGUGUGUCCAUA